CAAAUCCUUUUUCAAGAGGUCCGUGAGAAGGAACCUGACGUACUCCUGCAGAGGAAAUAGAAACUGUCCAAUCGACCAACAUCAUAGGAACCAAUGCCAGUACUGCAGGCUAAGAAAAUGUCUCAAAAUGGGCAUGAGGAGAGAAGCGGUGCAAAGAGGCCGAGUUCCCCCGACGCAGCCGGCGGGGCUCGCCCUGCCCGGCCAGUACGCGCUUGCCAACGGCGACCCCUCUGCCGGCCUCAACAGCCACCCCUACCUCUCCUCGUACAUCUCUCUGCUGCUCCGAGCAGAGCCCUACCCCACCUCCCGGUACGGACAGUGCGUCCAGCCAGCCAACGUCAUGGGAAUAGACAAUAUCUGCGAACUGGCCGCGAGGCUACUCUUCUCCGCCGUCGAGUGGGCGCGGAACAUCCCCUUCUUCCCCGAACUCCAAGUGACCGACCAGGUCGCGUUGCUAAGACUCGUCUGGUCGGAACUGUUCGUCCUCAACGCGUCUCAGUGUUCCAUGCCCCUGCACGUGGCGCCGCUCCUGGCGGCCGCGGGGCUCCACGCGUCGCCGAUGGCGGCCGACCGAGUCGUGGCCUUCAUGGACCACAUCAGGAUCUUCCAAGAGCAAGUGGAGAAGCUGAAAGCGCUCCACGUCGACUCGGCGGAGUAUUCCUGUCUGAAGGCCAUCGUCCUCUUCACGACAGAUGCGUGUGGUCUAUCAGACGUGCCCCACAUAGAGAGUCUACAAGAGAAGUCCCAGUGCGCCCUCGAAGAGUACUGCCGGAGUCAGUACCCCAACCAGCCCACGCGCUUCGGCAAGUUGCUCCUCAGACUACCCUCCCUAAGGACAGUCAGCUCACAAGUCAUAGAACAGCUGUUCUUCGUGCGGCUAGUCGGCAAGACUCCCAUCGAGACCCUCAUCAGGGACAUGCUGCUCUCCGGGAGCUCGUUCUCUUGGCCGUACAUGGCGACCAUGUGACAUACGAUGUGGAGGCAGCUGGCAGCGGCAUGAUCCACGCCCUACGGCUUCCCGCCGUACCUGCCCAGCCAGCGGUUCGACCCCUUCCAAAGGUACCAGCGCGAAGCCCAACCUGAGGACGCCGUCACCUCCUCGAGCGAAUUCCACGAGAACACAGAGGCGAGCGAAGAGUACUUCGGGUCACGAACCAGCAGGGAAAGCGAGAGAGCCGAUCCCACUUUCGAUCCCAUUUCAGCCUUCUACGCUCCGAAGUCGACCGAGGAGUUCGAAGCUUCGGAGACACAGAAGAAUGCGCAAAAGUCCCUCAUGAUAGACAAUCUGUUGAACAUACGACAGGAGUGUAGUAUACCAGAUAUGAAGUAAACUUGUUCAGUGGGGUCCCUAGUGAAUUAGUUCAAGUUUUUUUGUUCCUCUGUAAAAAUAGUUUACUAUUUAAUAUUGUAAAUAAAAAAUGUUUUUAUUAUUGUAAAUUGAUAGUUAAGAGUUUUCUACGAUGAUGGAUGGAUUUUAUAUUAUUAUUUUUUUCUUAUUCUUCUUUUUGUAGAAAUUGUAUGAAAAGCAAUUUGGAUUGAUAAUGCAAUAAUUAUGUACAUCGGUCGUGCAAUGUUGGUGUGUAGUUAUAUGUAUAGAGAUAGACAAAGUUUUUCGAAGAAUAAGAAAACUUUUUAUACGGCUAAGUAGGUACGGAGAGUCCCAAUGUCUUUAAACUGGGAUUGGGAACUGGAGUCAUAUCAAGUGCUAGGAGAAAAGUGUUCAAUAAUGUUAACAUUUUAAUAUCGGAUAGUUUUACCUCGUAACCUUUUGAGACUUGUACAUAAACUUCUCGAUUUUGUUUUUGCUGAAAAUACAGUAAACAUAUUAUUUUCUCUUCGGUUAACAUUCCCAGUUUAUAGCCAUUGAGGCAAAGUAGCCUGAAAUAUGAUUGGACGAGGUUCUUUCUUUUUAUUUUCGACUGGUGCUGUAAUAACUCAAAUAUUUACGUACUUAUACGUAAAACUCUUAUUUACUAAUUCCGAAAAGCAUUUAUAGGUAUGUAUCGUUCCUUUUAAAACAACUUUUACAAGAAAAACAAUAUUCUUUUUAGUAAAAAAUAUUAAACACAUCUGAGUAAAAUUUGUUUUUGUUCUUUUACUUAAGUGUGUCUAUAUGUAUAAACAAUAGUGAGAAAUACAAAUUAUGUAAGAAUAGUAACUAUACAGAAAAGUUUUAUUUAUAAUUAUAAUAUUAAUCUUUAGCGCAACGAUUUUUUAUUAAAAUAUUUUAUGUAUUUUUUUUCAUAAUGAUCAUAAUUCAUUUUAGAUAUGUUUUACUUCAAAUUGUGGAAUUAUCAUGGUAAAUCGAAUAAGUUAAUAUAAAAUAGUUGCUUGUAAUAUAAUAUAAAAUAAUUAUGUGAAUUCACGGUUUUCCAGGUAAAGAAUUGACUUUGUUUUAAAAGGAAUUGCAAACAAUAAUUAGUAAAAACAACAAUAAGUUUUCUGUAAGUUUAUUUUAUUUCUAUUUUAUUAUUACAUUACAAGCAACUAACACAUCGAGCAAUUGUUUUAGUUUACGACAAAAUAAAGUAAAAGUGUAAAACAUUUAGUAAAAGAGAAGCAAUGUAUUUAUUCGCAAUAAACUGUACAGUGAACGGUUGUAAAAUAAUGUCAGUGUGUGUACGAGAUUGUAUGGAGUUGUAUAAAAAACAUUAAAUAAUUAAUGAGGAAUAAAAGACGUCUCUCUGGAUUUUGA